AUGAAGCGUGGCUGGGACGCGGCCUCCCAUGAGGACCUGCUCCUCUGUCUGAUCGACCACUGCAAGCCCAACAAGGCAAUGGUGACAGAUAUCGCGGAGCAAAUGAGAGCCAAGGGCUACACAUACUCCUACGAUGCUAUCAAUCAACACAUCCAGAAGCUCCGCAAGAGCCGCGACAUGUCCCGCCUCAACGAGGGAGCAAAUGAGGAGUCCAAAAGCAAACCUACCACGCCCGCCAAGAGGACUGUCAGCGCUGCUUCUACGCCCCGAAAGCGCAAGACGCCAACCAAGAAGGCCAAGGGCAAGGGGGCCGAAGACGAGCAGUGUGAUGAUGAGGAGGAAGAGAGUUUCGAAGAUCACAUGGCCAAGCUUGAGGCCGAGGAUGACAUGGACGGCGACCAACUCCUCAAGAAGAUCAAGACAGAAGCCGUUGCCUAG